AUGUCUUAUGAUCGGUAUCUGGCAAUAUGUAAACCACUGCAUUAUCCUAUCUGUAUGACAGUCAGGUUCUGCCUUCAGCUCAUAGCUGGAUCUUGGAUAAGUGCGUUUCUGGCUAUUAGCAUAAUAGUGUCGUUCGUGUCACAGUUAACUUUCUGUGGCCCCAAUGAAAUUGACCAUUUCUUUUGUGAGCUCACCCUGGUGGUAAAACUCUCCUGCAGUGACACCAACGUGGUGGAAUUUUUAAUGUUCCUAUUUGCCUCCAUUUACACUCUACCCCCAUUUCUAUUAACCAUUAUCUCCUAUGUUCUUAUUAUAGCCACCAUCCUGAGAAUCUCUUCCGUCACUGGAAAGCAAAAGGCAUUUUCCACCUGCUCCUCUCACCUCAUAGUUGUUACAGUUUUCUACGGGACACUAAUGAUUGUCUAUGUGUUACCGAAAAACAACAAACUCAGAGAUUUAAACAAAUUGUUUUCUGUUUUCUACACUGUCUUAAGUCCUAUGGUCAAUCCCCUUAUAUAUAGCCUGAGUGGUAUGUCUGGCUCAACAAAGCAGGAUUCUGGAGGCCCAAACUCGCAGGGAAAAUAG